AUGCAAAUAAUUCUCAUGAUCGGAUCGAGAUCCGCGGGCGGGUCACGUGAGGGACGGCCGGCUGCGUGCCUAAGAGAAAGGCUGGCUCCUUCUCGUGAUGCUGCAGUUCCUCUACCCUUCUCCCUGCACUCCCGGUCGUCUGAACCUGACCUGAUCCCUUCCCGUCCGGCCGUCAACUCCCGGACCAAUCCACUGUCACCUGUCCCCGCGCGAUUCUGGAACCCUUCGCUGGAUUUCCAGGAUAAAGUUAGAGACGUGGCUUCCCCCGCCUACACGACUUCCACCGCGGCCCCGCCAUUCCCCGCCCCCUCGACGUCCCACCUUCCCGGCCAUAACGAUGCCGAGCACGCGACCACAACCUCCACCCUGCACCCGCGGGUCGCAGUCAUCUUGGGGGUGGAUCGGAAGUGGUACCUGCCCCUGAUAAUCUGUCGCGCAUUGAGUACGGUGCCGGCGGCGUGGUGGGGGCUGCGGUGCGCCUUCACCUUCCUGGCCGAACUGCUGCAGAUCCGGCCAGGCAUGGGACGCGAGGGAUGGACGGCGGCGAUAGUGGGGAGCGCUGGACAAGAAUGGGAUGUGGAGAGGCGGUUUCGUGUGACGGAGGUGGCAUUAGCGAUUAUGUGGUGCUGUGCAUCCGCCUAUCUUUCUUAUUUUUUCGCCGAUUGUAUGAUGUCUCGAUGGCUUUUGAAUUAUACCCCGCCCGCCGUUGUUAUUCGUCUUCUCACUACCAAUGGAUUGAUCGCCUACAUUUCGUCUUGGGUGUUGUAUCUGUCUGGCGCUUCGUCUGAUCCGCGUCUUCUCCUUCCGGCCUGGAUUUCCAUUACAACGACUCUCACGUUCGUCUAUCACGCAACGCAAAACCACGCGACGAUCAAACGCGAAACCACAGCAUCCUUGCUGGUGUUCUCGGUGGCCAGUUUUGUCAGCACGUCCUUACUGCUACUUCAACUCCACCUGACGCGCGAGAACGAGCCGGAAGUUCCGGUGUUUGUGAUUACGCGGAAGCUGUGGAGCUGGGCGUUGGCCAUCUUCUUGCGGAUGCGCGUGGCAGACGAGCGAGCCAUGGGAGAAUUGUAGUGUUUUUCUGAUUUGUAUCGAUUAUUGUGUCUCCCAUACCCUGGCCCUUUCCUAUUUCCCUGAUUUCGUCCUUCCUUUAUUUCCUUCUUGUACUGCUGUUAUUACAAUCCUUACUGUUUCGCGUGGGAUACACUUGUUGAGCAAGAUGGUCCUAACUAAGUCUGUAUAUAUCACCAUCAAGCGUUGAUUUCACUACACUCUACUGCAAUGGGCUCUCUACC